AUGAAUGGAAUCUUAACCAAGGACCUGGCUGAGUCUAUUGCUUCAAGGCUGCAAAAAGAUGCGGAUAGACAAGUGGGCAUGGCUGCGGCGAGCAUCGAAGUCAUCAACACGUUUACUGUUCCGAGCUGGCAGUCAGACACAGAGCCAUCGACGAGUGGGUUUGGCACCCAGAAUCGAAUUAGCGCCCCGCCAAAGCCUGUCAUUGAUGGCAGACCGCAAUCUAAAGCGGGUAUGUUCCGCUCUCGCUAUGAACUUUUGUUGGCCAAAACCCUCCGCAAUCCGCAAUUCAGACCUCCAGCUUCUGGUAUGUUGUCUAUGGCGAAAAGCAGCCCAUACUACCAGUUGACUGGGAUAGAGAGCUUGGCAGGGAGCAAGGAUGAAAAACUUGUUCUCGGAAUGUUAACGCAACUUGAGGAAGGCUCUUGGUUCCUUGAAGACCUCAACGGGUCCGUUAAGCUAGAUCUAUCGGAAGCGAGUGUUACAGCAGGGUUGCACACAGAAUGCAGUUUUGCCAUCGCCCAAGGGCAUUUAAUAGAGACUCCGAACCAGGAAUCUAUCUUUCAUGUGUCUGCCAUGGGUACGCCACCCCUUGAGAAGAGAGAGGAGUCUUUGAAUGCGAUGAGUAAGAAUCCAAAUCUUUUUGGUGGUCAUUUCGAGGCCUCUGAAACUGCACAGCUAUUGAAAUUGGAAAAAGAAGCAGUAGAUACAAUGUUUUUACUCCUCUCUGACGUUGCGCUGGACAACUCGCGCGUCAUGGCUGGUCUCAAGCACAUGUUUACCGGUUAUAUUGAAGAUGGUGCAUUGCCCAAACUUGUCGUCUUAAUGGGAAACUUUCUCUCACAUCCGUUUGGCCAGCAUGUUGACGAUGUGAUGACACUGACAGAGAAAUUCACCGAGCUUGGAACAGCAAUAGCCGCGGAUUUCAGCCCUCUCCUCGAAGAAUGCGUUUUCGUAGUUGUACCGGGAAUGAAUGAUCCGGGUCCAGGCAAUGUUCUUCCCAGACCUCCUAUGCCAAAAACAGUAAUGAAAGGGUUUAUUGAUGCUGUUGGAAGCGAGAGAGUGCACUUGGCAACAAAUCCGUGUCGGUUAAGGUACAUGACGCAAGAGAUUGUAAUUUUGCGGGAUGAUCUCAUGCAAAAAAUGAUCCGACAUUGCUCAGUGAAACCGGAGUUCGGAGAAUCGGGGUCAAUGUCAGAACAUUUCGUCAAGUCAGUUGUUGACCAGUCGCAUUUGUGUCCUCUGCCCAACUCUGCUCGUCCUGUACUGUGGCGACAUGCCCAUGCUCUAUGGCUUUUCCCGGUCCCUCAUGUUGUUGUGCUGGCUGACAAAACGGAUGGCUAUAUUUGCAAGUAUGGUGGGACAUUGGGGUUGAAUCCUGGUUCUUUUGCUACAGACUUUUCCUUUCAAGUGUAUCUCCCUGCUCAAAAGAGGGCCCAGCAAAGCUCUGUGAACAGCGAGGAAAUUCUUGAUAAGACAGAAAAUGCAAUCCACCAGUCUGAUCAAGAAUGUGUAUCGGAUCGUGGAGAUAGUGAUGACGAUGCCAGUGGGGACGAUAACAGUACUGAAGAAGUUGACAUGCACAUUGGUGGUAUUGCUAUGGAUACAGACGGAGAGGGGUUGCCCCUUCCGGGACAACCUUUAGACAAAGACGAAGCAGGCAAUUCAGACGCCAUGCUGGACGAUAUUUCGGCUGGAGCGGAAGACGGCGGGGAAGACGAAGGCAAGCAUCUUUCUGAUGACGAUAUGGGAGCGUCAGAAUCCGAGUCAGAUGACGAUAGCGUCCUAAUACCUCUGGAUGCUCUACCAAAGCGUGAUAUCAAGGCCAUGCUUCGGCAAGCUGUUGCAUCUGAUGAUUCCGGUGAACCAAAAAAAGACGCAUCACGUUCAGGAGAAAACUGAUCUGGCUUGGCUCUAGUGGAUAAGACAAUUCAAACCAGCAAUCAGUCUUCCACCGUGAGGCUUAUUUAUACGUUGUUUGGCGUAGUGAGAACGAAAUGGAAAGUUCGGGGGAAGACGGAUCAAGGGUGUACGAGGAUAUCUCUGCUUCCAUCCAUCGCACGCAUAUUACUUCAAAAUCCAGGUGGACUGACAGUUUUUCACUGGUCCGCCGAGUGGCGGUCAUCUCUACUACAUGGUUGCUGCUUCAACCCAAGGGGUAUGAGCCGAUAAUAAUUAAUUCUGGAACCGGUUUCGAGAGGCAGCAGAACGUUUAAAAUCGACUACACUAUCCCGGUCGCUCGUCAUCUUUUUCAGUUCAAAUGGCUGUUACAGUUGGAUAUCGAGAGUGGAGACCAGCACUUCGGCGGAAAGAAAAGGAGUCAUAAAGAUAUGAGCUGCAAGUUACCGGUCAUACCAGUGUACGGGACAGGACCUCUAAGAACGAAGAGAAGCAACGAAACUCACCGAUGUCUCAUGGUCAUCACCAAUAUCUAACUGCUACCUAUCAGACUAAGUAUCGAUAAACGCACCUGUCCCAUCAAUA